UGUAUUCAGUUAGUUUAGCUAAAAUAAGCUUACUCAUAAUUUUAAUGAAAAAAAUGGAAUUUGCAAAGAAAGUUUGUAUUUUUCAUGCCUUAAAAUAAAAAUAAGUUAAGUUUUUUCGCGGCGAAAGGCUUAACUUUGAUCGAAAGAGAGGCAACAAGGACCAUUCGCAAACUUUUCUGCAGACCAACAGGAAACAUCGCGAGGUAAAUAAGCGGACGAUUUGCUCUGUAAAUUGACUUAGAUUAUAGCAAUUGGAAUAUGCCGAAAGAACUAAACCAGGUCUCUAUUGUAAUAAUAGUUCUGUUAAGCUGUGCAAGUGAACAGCUUUGUGGUACAAGCAGCAGUGGAGGAGGUGAUAUGCAUGCAGAAGAAGGCAGAGGCGAUUUAGGAGGAAAAGCUGAUGAAAAUCCACGCGUCGAAUACCAAAACCACGACGAACAAAAUAACGAGGAAACACAUCCGGAAGCAAUAUAUGUGAGAGGACUCUUCACCUAUAAAGAUGCGCAAGGUAUUGAAAGAACUGUGGAAUACGUCGCUGAUGAAAAUGGAUUCCAAGCAAUCUCUCCCACUAGUGGAACCUCGAAUUAAUAAUAACGGAGAGCAAAUAUUUUCAAUGAAUAGUUAUGUAUUAGUUCGGAUUACUUUCACUUACCAAUAUGUAUUUAUGAGUCGAACUUCGGCUGUUUUGGAAUGAGUUCAUAAAUCUUUAUGAAUAAAACCUAAUACUUUAUUUCUCCA